AUGCCUGCUCGCGAUCCGGCGGCCUCGCCGAACCUUCCGGCCUCAUUCCACGCGGCGUCUCCGGUACUGCCCACGCACAUGCAACAUCGCGGUAGCACUACCUCGCCAAACUCCUCUGGCUGGUCCGCGCGCAAUGCCAAUCUACAGCAUAUCGAAUAUGGGAGCCUGGGGAGCGGCGAGUCGCCCGGUCAAGAUGGGCAGGGCUUUGUGAGCACCCUCCUGAGGCGAGUGAGCGGGGACAGAGGUGUGGGCGCUAGCAAUCAGCCCAUUGCGUACGCCCACCAAGGCGGCGAGGAUAUCGAAGAGGAGGACGAGGAAGAAGGAUCAGGCCGCGCGCGCAGCCCUACCGGCUCCUCAGCCUCCGAUAUCCGCUCGGCUACGAAUCGCCUGGCGUCCAUGCCAUUCGCGCGGAAUAGACGCCCUUCCGCCUCUGGCGCGGGCUCCAGCUCGAACUCUGGCGCCCACCAUACGGAACCUUUCGAGCCAAAAGAGUACCGCUCUACCUCGCCCAGAACACAGCGGAGCGGACAGUCCCUCGGCUCCUUAUCUUCCAAUGGCUUCCAUCGGCCAAAGCAGCCGAGCCACCUCAAUGCGGUCAUUUCGGGCGUCCAGGAGGAGAGCAGUCCUCCGGCUGGAUCCAGUCUUCGAGCGGGGUCAGUCGGCGGAGGUCGGUCGGCCUUGACAGUCAUGAUGGAGCGGGAGCAUGAGCGGCGGAAGCAAGAGGCGGAGGAUGUGGAGCGGACCCCUGUGGUCAAACCGGCUACGUUGGCUCGUACCGACUCGAGCCUGACCGAUAGCCAGGCUUCAGGCGAGGUCACACCUAAACAACAUCGAGGCUCUUUGGCGGUGGAGACGGGCAUAGAUCCUCGGCCGUCAGAUACGGCAUCCGAAGCUUCAGAGCCGAAUAACUCGUCGGCGCUGAGGCGAUUCCUGGAAGGUGGAGUGGAUGAGGAGGAAAGGCCGGCGGUGGAUGAGAGUACAGCCUUACUGGGAGAGGGCGGGCUGCGGAAGCGGAGACCUGGAGCCUUUUCUCAGCUUGGCGAAAAGGUGCGGGAAGUCAAGCAAAGGGCGGCAAAGGUCACGCCGAAGGAUGUGGUGAAGGCGUGCGUCACAGAACCAGUCAAGACGCUACCAAGUGUGAUCUUGGGGUGUUUGUUGAACGUGCUGGAUGGUGUCAGUUAUGGGAUGAUCUUGUUCCCAGCCAAUUCGUACUUCGUUGAUUUUGGCUCGCUCGGAGUAUCGAUGUUCUUCGUUUCAUGUAUAGUGUCACAGCUCGUCUUCACCCUUGGCGGCUCCAUUUUCCCCGGUGGGAACGGAAGCAUGAUGAUUGAAGCGGUACCCUUCUUUCACAUCUUGAUCAAUACGAUAGAGAGCGAGAUCGGCGACGAUGAUGCCGCUAUCAUCGCGACCACCAUGGUGUCGUUCGCCUUCAGCUCCAUUCUCACUGGUCUGAUCUUCUUCGCUCUGGGAGCAUUCAAACUAGGCGGUCUGAUCGGAUACUUCCCACGGCAUAUCCUUGUUGGAUGCAUCGGCGGAGUCGGGAUCUUCCUUGUUGAGACCGGCCUCGAGGUCUCCCGCGGGCUCAAGGAAGAAGGCUUCGAGUACACCCUCGCCACUCUCCGCCUUUUCUUCGACUCGCCGCAUUCCAUCCUUCUUUGGACAUUACCGCUCUUCCUCGCUAUCCUCCUCCGCGUCAUCACCCAUUUCUUUCACCAUCAACUCAUCUUCCCCGCAUACUUCUUCCUCAUCCCCAUUGUCUUUUACAUUAUCAUCGCAAUUGGAGGAUGGAGCUUUGCAGAGUUGAGGGAGGCGGGCUGGGUGUUUGAUGUUGGGACAAAGUCGCAGGCUUGGUGGAAGUUUUACACGCUGUUUGACUUUACCAAGAUCAACUGGAGUGCUUUCUGGGCGGCUAUGCCGACACAACUCGCCCUCGUCUUCUUUGGUAUCCUGCAUGUCCCGCUCAACAUCCCCGCGCUGGGCGUCACGCUAGGCGAGGACAAUGUCAAGCUCGACCGAGAGCUCGUCGCGCAUGGAUUCAGCAACUUUGCUGCAGGUCUGGCUGGGACUGUCCCGAAUUACCUCACCUACGUCAACACUGUUCUCUUCUAUCGAGUCGGCGGCGGAUCCCGACUUUCGGGAAUUAUGCUCGCCGUCGCUACUAUGGCCAUUCUCUUUGUCGGUCCGUCCGUCAUCGGCUACUUGCCCGUCACGCUCGUCGGCGCGCUCAUCUACGUUCUCGGUCUGGAUCUCGUCAUCGAGGCUGUCUGGGAUACAAGGAACCGCGUCAACCGGUCCGAGUAUAUCACCAUCUGGGCCAUCGCGAUCGGGAUGACUGUUUGGGACUUUGUGAUCGGACUGCUCUUCGGUAUCAUCCUCGCCUGCAUCUUCUUCGUCGUCCAGAAUUCGCGAAGGCGGCCAAUCCGGGUCGUUCUCGAUGGCGCUACCGCCAAGAGUACCGUCCGCCGACCACGAAGCCAGCGGGCAUUCAUUCAGCAGAUCGGUUCCCAGACUUGCAUCAUGAAGCUACAUGGGUUCCUCUUCUUUGGUACCAUCACCGCUGUCGAGGCUGAGAUCCGCAAUCUGCUCGAAGCCGCUAUAUGGGCCCACAAUCCCAUUCGUUUCCUCAUCAUCGACUUUGCCCUCGUCUAUGGUCUAGACUUCUCCUCGGCCGAGGCGUUCGUCCGGAUCCAACGACUGCUGGCGGCCAAGGACGUAUUGCUCAUCCUGUGUGGGGCGAGGCCAAAUGGGCUCGUGCAGACUGCGCUGCAGAUGGUGGAUCUGUGGGCGGAUCGAGAGGGGACGAGGGUGGAGGUGUUUACGGGUCUUGGGGAUGCGCUAGAGUGGACGGAGAACGCCUACCUAACCGCAUUCUACGAGAACCAGCAAGCCGACGAGGCCAAGCCUGUACCGACCAUAGACUUCCCCAAGGUCGCGAAACCGCCAUUCUCGCUUUCCGAGUCGUUCUCGCAGAGCCCAAGGCGGGCACAUCUGGCCAGGGCCGGCGGCGAUACUCUACCUCAAUUACCCGUAUAUCAAGAAGACGACGACGACUCUGAAGAAACCAUUUCGGAAGACCAACCCCUCCCUCUCCUCAUCCAGACCUUCGCCUCCUACCCCGAUUCCCCACCUCUCCGGUGGUUCGCUCAGCUCACACCCUACUUUUCGCGCGAGACUGUCACCGCCAACCAACUCCUCUGGACCCAAGAUGACAUCGCCGACGCCUUAUACCUCAUCGAGAUCGGCUCCUUGCGAGCCACUUACGACCACGGCCACGAGCACACGAAUGAUCUCCGGGCGGGCACGGGCGGGAUCCAAGAGACGAUGGUCGCUGGGACAGUGGCGGGUGAUUUGAGCAUGUUGAGCGGGACGCCGAGGAAUGCCACGGUUGUUGCGGAACGGGAUGGGGUUGUUUGGAGGUUGGAUAAGGCGGCGUUGGGGCGGAUGGAGAAGGAUAUGCCGGAGGUGGCGAGGGAGUUUAUCAAGAUUGUGUUGAAGGCGGUGGCUGAGGAGCAUGAUGUGCUUGCGGCGCAUUUGAUCGCUGUUUUGUCAUAG